CCAUCAAGUUGUUUCGAACAAACGGUCACACUGACAACUGGAGAAGAAAAGAAAAAACUUUAGUUUCAGCAUUUUGUGCGAGACGCAUAUCACACACAUAUUUAACUAAGAAUAUUGCUAUAUAUAUAUACAUAUAUAUAAUCGAUCGCAAACAAGAAGAAAAAAAAAAUGGCGAUGCCAAUGCAAGACGAACAUCCAUUCAAGCUUAGGAGCUUUAUUGAUUUUGUCAGUACAAAUCCGACGGUUCUGAAUAUGCCCCAAUUGAAGUAUGUCAAGGAUUUCAUCGAGAAGUUCGGUGGCAAAGUGCCUGAAGGUGAAUUCAAACCGGAAGCUGGCAAAUGCCCCUUUGCCGACGAGAAUGAAAAGCCGGCACCAAGCGCCGAUCCAAUUGUUUCAGAUGAGAGCGCUGAAGAUGAAAGCACCUCGGAGCCAGAAUCCGAUGUCGAAUUGGAUAUGGAAGGCGUUAUUGAAGCCGACAGCGAUCCCGCCCAGCCAAUGGGAGAUUCGGGUAAGACACCCACCGAAGAGGAAAUCGAUCAGGCUGGCGAUUUGCGUGCCCAGGCAGCCGGUGCAUAUAGCGAACAGAAAUUCGAUGAGGCCAUCGGCUUCUAUACGAAGGCUAUUGAACUGAAUCCGGGCAAUGCACUGUUCCAUGCGAAGCGCGGCCAGGCGUUCCUCAAGCUGAAAAAGCCGAAUGCCUGCAUACGCGACUGUGACAAGGCACUGGAGCUGAACUGUGAUUCGGCGGCGGCAUACAAGUUUCGUGGACGUGCCCAUCGUCUGCUCGGACAGUUCGAGGAGGCGGCAAAGGAUUUGCGGCAGGCGUGCAAGCUCGACUUUGAUGAGGAGGCCGACGAGUGGCUGCGCGAGGUCACACCCAAUGCCAAGAAGAUCGAACAGCAUCGCAUCAAGUUGGAGCGCAAACAGGCUGAGCGCAAAAUGAAUGAUCGCAAGCGUGCACAGCGCAAGGCGGGCAAAGGGCAGGAGGACCAACCUGCUGCUGCUGGCGGCGAAUUUCCAGGUGCUUUCGGCGACCCGUUAGCCGGUUUUGAUGUGAACGGUUUAUUAUCCAAUUUAAAGGAUCCCGAAGUGAUGGCUGCGGCGCACGAUAUAAUGGCCAAUCCGGCCAACAUUUCCAAAUAUAUGUCGAAUCCGAAGAUAUUCAAUUCAAUCAAGAAGUUCUUCCCCGGCCAAUUCCCGGCCUGUUUCGCCGACGCCGAUCCGAAGGCUGGCGGCGCUGACAACGGUGCUGGUGCUUCUUGCGACGCCGACGGCGGCGCCAAGGCACCCAACAGCAGCGAACCAAAAGCCAAGAAGGAAUCGCCAGGCUACGUUGACGAUGGACUCGAUUAAGAAGUGAAGCAAACAAAAGAAACAACAAGAAAACCAGCAGCAGCGACACCAACAACAACAUACAUCAAAAUAUAUACAAAAUUACCAACAAAAACAAACAAAAAACAUACAUAAACAAUACAUAGAAACAAACAUACGAAUUAGAGCAGGACAGCAAACAAGUUCGAUCUGGAAUGGAAGAAUAUAUAUAUAUAUAUAUAUAUAUACAUACACAUAUACAUAACGAUA